CUCACUCCACUCAGCAGGGAGAGCGAGAAGAGCAUGAUCCAGUCUGCACAUAAACUACAGUCUCACCGACGUUUCUUUGCCGAUCUGAGCUCGCUUGCAAAGCCGAUACGAAGAGACGACUAAUGUGUUUUAUGUUAAUCGACUUUCAAGCUGGUUUUGCGUAAACAAGAAGGAUUAGCACACCUGCACCUGCAAAGUGUGUUUAAAAACAUCACUGAGUUCUGCGGUUCACCUGAGACGCACGAGGACAUCGUUUGCAUGAAACUGUGGCCAGAACAAAGCAGUGGAUGCAACUACGCUCCAUUUGUAGAAGAAAGGUGGAAGAGUGGACGAGGCUCUGAAGAGGACCAGCUGACCACCGGCGGAGACGACUCUGCUAAAGUUCCCUCCAAACCCAGCCGGAAGCACACCAUGUCCCUCACCCCUUUCCAAUUCAUGCAGACUCUCAAGAACUCCCCUGCCGCGCUACGUCGCCGCUUUCGCCGCGACCGCACGGAGUCUCUAUCCCACGGUGACCCUCUCUUUAAAGUCCAGUACCUGGGCACGGAGAAAAUCUUCUCCCUGGAUCGAGAGCAGGCCCAAGACGCUAUUAGCCACCUGCUGGACGGUAUCGCCAACGGGAAGAAGCCGAGCAAAGAUCACGCCCUGGUGGUGCGCCCGAGAUACAUCGAGGUCAAGGAGCUGAGCACGGGUCGGCAGCUCACUAAGACGUACCUGCAGGAUAUCGCGUACUGCGCCGCGGACGCCAACCGGCCCAACGUCUUCCUGUACAUCUGCAAACACCAGGGGCAGCAGCUGCAGUGUCGGGUGUUCUGGUGCAGCCGGGCGGAGCGGGCGCUAGACAUGACGGCCUGUCUGGCGCAUUCCUUCCAGCGGGCGCUGAGCGACUGGCAGCAGAACGGCUUGGCCACGCUGCACCCGGGAGAGACGAAGGGGAAAUGUGGGGAGGACUUGUCCAACUCUCCCGCCAACACCAAGAGCUCCACGCUGCCGAACAGUCUGGGAAAAGCUCGCUGGAAGAAGAGGGGCAACUCUGUGUCUCGUAGCCCCCUCAAAGUCAUCACGAGAAGAGGAUCUGGCUCCGACAGCUGGAGCUGAAGCCCUGUUUUAACCCUUCAGACAUGAUGGGACAACAUUAACCUGACGACGACCUCAUGGAUGACCGCACCGAUGGGAGGGAGGGAAUGACUGCAAGACUGAAGGAAGGACAGAAGGGGAUGUGACCACAUUUGGAUGUAUGAGGACAUGUGAGAGGAUCAGGAAGCGUGUGGACUUGAAGGUCUUUGACGCAGCAAAGUUGACUUUUGCAAGAGUGGCUUCCGAUGUAGCGCAAAAACGCUGUUGACGGCUGCCCUUCUGUUCACCUGUCAACAGCUAUGUGAGGACUUGUGACUGGUUCAUUUCUGUGGUUGGCUUGUUUGUCUUCUUGACACAUAAGCCAUCAAAGAGACAAUUAAACCAACAAUGACAGCAGAUGUUGGCCAAAUGAUCCACAGAUGACAACCAAAAACUGGAAAAAGACGACAAGAGCUUUUUUUUUUAAUGAAGGCUGAUUUUUUUAUUUAACUGACAUUUUUUGACAGGUCAUGAGAUUUCUUUUUUUAUUAGAAUCUUUUUUUACCCUGUGGCACUAGUAUGUUUCUCUUCCUGUAUUUUUUUAAUCGGAUGGACAAAACCUCCCUUUUUUAAUCUACGUUGUGAGAGUUUUGGCCAAGAUUACAUAGAUGUCAGAGGGAAAAUGCACUGUAUUGUGUUAUAGAAAGGGAAAGUAAAAUUGAUUAUAGUCUGUCAUUUCUGACAGAUUUAAUUCCUAGUCAGGAAAUCAAGUUUCCAAAGAGGUCAGUAGCACCUGCAUUAUAAAUGGGGAAAAAAUAGACUCUAGCAGAACCUGCAGGGUCAACAAAAUCCUCCCUCACCCAACAGCAGCAUCCUGCAAAACAACAACACAGAUCCCAACUGUCCACUGCCAUGAAUUAUUUGCCUUUACGUGGAGAAAAGCACACUCAGCCAUGACUUGCCAGUUUGUUUGUGUCCGAACACUGGGAACGCUGUGUUCCCAUGUGGAGCCUCUGUGAGGAAUUCGCGUCCGUGCACCUGCAUUCCAAAUGGAAGGGGAAGGGAGGGGGGAAUUUGACCAACGUCCAACCAUGACUUUGCAUAUUGAGCAGUUAGAUGCUACAAUGUGCUUUUUUAACGCAGAGCCUUGCUCACAUUCACAAAGCCAUAAAAGGCGCCAUAACUACUUUAAGUUAAAGUGACGGUUAUAGGAUGUGUGCGGUAUUGCGUAACUCAUGAUGGUGCUUUCUGUUUUUAUGGUUUACAGGAUUAGUGGUACACCCUGGGGCUACUAUUCACUUGUCAUUUUGUGUUUUUUCUGACCAAAACUAAGCUAGCGAUGUCGCCUUUUUUUUAAUUUUUUUAACAGGAAGGGUGUUUUUGACUGAUGUGCCACGAUGUUUUUAUCAGUUCAUUUUUGUACUCGUGAUGUAUCUUUUUCAAAUACAAACGGCGCAGCCCCAAUCUCAGAAAAAAAGGGGUUAAAGUGCCUGCUAUUUUAUCAAUGUACUGUUUUUAUGUCAUUGUACAUAUUUAAUUAAAUAUGUAUUUUAUGAAAUAUUAAAACCUUUUAUACAACAUU